AUGAAGUUCUCCACCGCCAUCGGCCUGCUCAGCGUCUGCCUCGCGCCGGCAACGGCCCUGAGCAUCUUGGACGACAACAACAAGAUCCCCGGCGAAUCACCUCUCGAGCUCUGCCAGGGCGACCACAGCUCCGACCUCAUCACCAUCAAGAACGUUGACCUCACUCCCAACCCUCCCAAGGCUGGUCAAGAGCUCCUCAUCAAGGCCAGCGGCACCGUCAAGCAAAAGAUUGAGGAGGGCGCCUACGUCAAGCUCACCGUCAAGUAUGGCCUCAUCAAGCUCCUGACUACCACCGCCGAUCUCUGCGAGCAGUUCGGAAAUGUCGACAUGAAGUGCCCUAUUGAGGAGGGCGACCAGACCAUCGAGAAGACUGUCAAGCUUCCCGUUGAAAUCCCUCCUGGCAAAUACACCGUCCUCGCUGAUGUCUUCAACGCCGACGAUACCCACAUCACUUGCCUGACUGCUACCGUCGCUUUUGCGAUCGGUGGGAUGGGUUUCUUCAACAACAACGAGUUGUAA